ACCGUUUUCUGCUUUCUCUCAACUACAGUGUGCAAAAGAAAAUGAAAACUUUUUACAGAUGUAGCCUAUUGUAUGGUGUUAUUUGGAGCAAAAUUUGAUUUGGAGCAAAAUAACUGCUGUUUUUGUUUUUGUGUUGUUUCUCAGUUCAUUGUUGUAUUUCACCUGCUUUUCCCAUAACAACUAGAGAACAGAUCUGCCGGUGAUUUUGAUUUAGCCCUGCAGCUCAGGUUGGAAACCUGAAAGUAAUCAAAAUACCCAUGUUAGGAAGGUGAUUAUGUUAGAAGCUGAAAAUGGGAUUAUUUUGGUCUAAAACAUCACCUCCAACUGAUCCAAUGAUGGAAACUGACUGGUGUGAAAUCAACUGGGGAACAUAAUAUGUUUUAUAGACAAAACAAUGAGAUGAAGAGGAGUCUGAGGAAACUUCAGCUUAAAAAUCCUGCUGUUGAUCAUCUUCGGAUCCUUGUGGUUGGCCCAGUUGGAGGCGGAAAGUCCAGCUUCAUCCAGUCUAUGAAGGGCAUCUUCCUGGACAGGAUGAUCAACACAGCUUGCACAGUGGCAACUGGUGGCAAAAGCUUUACUAAGACGUAUACUACAAACCAAUUUGAAGAUGAACGUGGAAGGAAUCUGCCGUUUGUCAUCAGUGAUGUCAUGGGGCUGGAGAACGGACGGGAUUCCGGAGUGCAGUCUCGUGACAUCAUCAGGGCUUUGAAAGGUCACAUCAAAGAGGGCUACACGUUUAAUCCUGUAAUGCAAUGCCCAGUGAAUGACAACAGCUCCCCAACUCUAAAUGACUUGGUUCACUGCUUGGUGUUCGUCAUUCCAAUAGACAACUCCACAGCUAAUUGGUGUAUGGAAAACGACCUCAUCAGGAGAAUGCAAAAUAUCAGACAAGUUACUUGUGAUUUGGGGAUCCCUCACGUGGUCAUCUUGACAAAAGUGGACCUGGCUUGUCUUCAUGUGAAGGAGGACAUCAAACUUGUCUACAAGAGCCAGACCAUCUAUCGAAAGGCGCAGGCAUGUAGUCAUGCCUUGGGAGUCCCCAUGAGCUGCAUCUUCCCAGUGAAGAACUACCAUGAGGAGAAAGAGCUCAACCCGGAUAUGGAUGCAGUGCUGCUGUUCACACUGACACAGAUCCUGGACUACGCCAACGACUUUGUGAAGAACAUCAAGGAGCCUGAAGGGGAUAGCAAUGAUUCUUUUUUCUCCAUGUGAAAUAGAUUUGGGUCUUGGUAAAUGUUUACAAAAACACAGGCAUGCUCUGCAAUACAGCUUAUUUGAUAAAAAUGUAACCAAAUGUUAAUAAUCUGAGAAAUCUAAUUGGUAUCGUUUUCAGAAAGCCAGUGUGUGGAGCAAAUUUGUCGUAAGACCUCGUAAAAUAAGUCUAAGUCUUCUCAAAUGUAGUCAAAUGAUUUUAUGAUAGAGCACCAGGUUAGUAGCCUGGCAAGCCAAACUACACAGAAAUGUAUUGUCUGGGGUUGGACCAUUCACCGAGCUGAAGCCUGUGGGUGGGACGAACAGUUGUCUUUCAAACUGCCUCUGCACGUAAUAGGCCAGCAUUUGUGACCAAUCGUGGCCAGUCGGCAAAAUGGUAAAUACAUCCUUCUUUAAAACUAAUGACUUGAGUGCUUCUUUCUGCUCAACCUUCAAAGAAAAGCCCAAGUCUAACUCUUCCAAAGCAGAUUCAAAAGAGCGCGCUUCGUUAGCCUCAUCCAUCUUUUGUUUUUCUCUAUGGUUGUUGAACACGGUCUCACACCCAACUCGUCGAACAAGGACGCAUGGUCCAGCCCCCUGGCGUCAAUAGGCGCGUUCAAGUUCAACUCCAAAUGACCUCUUGCAGCAACGAGAGCUGCCGGUGACAGCAGGGGAGGGGAUACAAACGCUGCUAUGAAGUUGGGGCAGCCGUGGUGUACUGGUUAGCGCAUCGGGCUUGUAACCGGAGGGUUGCCGGUUCGAUCCCCGACCAGUCCACCACGGCUGAAGUGCCCUUGAGCAAGGCACCUAACCCCUCACUGCUCCCCGAGCGCCGCUGGUUGGGCAGGCAGCUCACUGCUCUGGGUUGUGUGAUUCACCUCACUGUGUGUUCACUGUGUGCUGUGUGUUCACUAAUUCGGUUAAAUUGGGUUAAAUGCAGAGAACUGAAUUUCCCUCACGGGAUCAAAAAAGUAUAUAUUCUAUUCUUUUUUUUUUACACUCUCUACUAUCCGUAGUCUAGACUUGACCAUGUGACGAAACAUGAGGCACGGACCCGCAUGGACCCUUGUGGAUAUGAAGAGGCAUCUAAACACCUGCACAUACGUCAGUACCUAGAGGGCUGCUGCGCCGCUGCUCAGCAGCCGCCUUGCCAUGCCUUGCUCCCGCGAUAAGUUGAGGCCAUGUGAUAUCGACUGCGGAGUCGAAAACACACCCAUCUAGACCAUCGUAGACAGAUUUUUAACCACGUGCAUCUUGUGCUGCGCAGUUUUUGAUCUUGAACGCGCCUAAUAUCGGAAGCCGAAGGUGAGCUAAGGCAGGGUCAAAGACUCCGUACACAGAUAGAGCGUUCUGAUUGGCUAGGCUGGCCUGGAGCCUAGCGCAGGCUUGGCCUCAACGGUGCGACCCUAGACCAUCCCGCUAGGCAAAAAUAUUUUUGCCCACUAGGGUGCGUCUAGAUUUCUAGGCUACCAGGUUAGCGUAUUUACACCUGAAAGCUGCUAUCUAGUAAAAUAAUAAUAAUAAUAAUAAUAAUAAUAAUAAUAAUAAUAGUAGUACUAAAUAGUUUGACUUAUUUUAAGAAGUCUCAACAAGAAACAAAGAAACAACAAACAAGAAAAGCAGUGCAAUGAGCAAAUUUGUUUUGAAAAGACUCAUUAAAAUAAGUCACAGUCUGAUGGAUGGAUGGAUACUUCAUUCAUCUUAAGGGAAAUUUCACAAUUACUUAAAUUAAGUCCAAAUGAUCUUUCUUAAGUCAAAAUGAGUGUCUCAUGACACUCAUGCUCACAUUGUGACAAUGGCAAUUACCAAUAUCAAAGUUUAAUGGUCUGGGUUUCAGUUGGGUCUUUUCAACACAAAGCAAAAUGUGCCUAUGCCCCAUAAGAAUUAAGCUGUACAACAGUUGAAAAGUUGUGUAAGUUAAGUGUACAGGUAGUGGUCAAUGGGUCUUCUGGCCAAUCAAUUUAUGUUUUUUUCCGGCAAUAUGUUCGACCAAGCUAAUAAAUACAUCAAAGUGCAAUGAGUGUCUGUAGCCCAUAAGCAUCCCCUGUAGACUCACAAAUUGCUUUGCCACCUCAGUUUCCAGGUGGCCCUGAGUCAGUGAACGCCUUAUUAAACCAAAAAUAGUCGGAUGGUCUUUACAGAAUAACCUCGGUGUGAACCAAAGUUUUUUGAAAGUGUGAUUUAUUCAUAAGACAUACAGUCUAUUUUUGAUACAUCUCUUUUAUAUCCCUCACAACACUUUCCAAGGCCGCCAUUGAUAACAAGUAGGUUGUUAAGGCUCACUGUAUGUUACCAGCCAGCCUACUCAAAUACUGAAUACUCAUUGUGUUAUUCUUGAAAUUUAAGACUGUAUUUCUGUAUUUGUAUUUUAAUGUUUUGAGACUGAUUAGGAAAAAAUGGAAAACAACUUGAUUCUCGUAUUUCAAUUUUGUAUUUUAAAAUGGAAAUCAAAUAAACCUUUUGUUUUUGUU